AUGAAAAUUUCUCCUGGUACACAAAUGGACGCUGGCUUUGGAUUGAGGAAUAGCAAAUUCACAUCCUUCAAUGUGGCGGAACUCCAGUAUAUUGCGGCUAGAAGUGUUGGGGUGAACAAAUGUGUCACCAUGAGAAAGUUAGCAGAGGGCACCUACAACAAAACAUUUCGACUUUCAAUGGAUAAUGGAUUGGCUACAAUCGCCAGAAUAACCCAUCCUAUCGCUGGACCUAAGUAG